AUGCCUAUCCGCCCCGCAACCCCAACAGACGAGACUGCUCUCGUCGAACUCUGCACUGCUGCAUUCUUCGAUGAAAGCCUCUUCGGCCAGACUCUACAUCCCUACCGCCACAAGUACCCCGACGACGUGAAAAUUUUCUGGCACGAAACAAUACGUAGGUAUUUUGCUACUCCUGGUUUCGUUGUCCUUGUUGCUGUGCGAACGAAUGGCAACGGUGAGGAGAAAAUAGGUGGUAUGGCGAUAUGGGAACGGCAAGGAGACGAUGAAGGGGCAAAGAAGACAAAAGAGGAGUGGGUGGAUUAUGGAUCCUUCCCUCCCCUCUCCUCAACCCAGAACCGUGCCGCAGAUCCCACAAAACGCAACAUCGUCGACGAAUGCAUGCUCUACGGGGCACACUUUUGGUCCGGUGACCGCGCAAAUAACUGGUACCUUUCCCUCUGCGGCAUUCACCCCGACUACCAAGGCAAAGGCGUUGGCCGUGAAUUAGUGCGGUGGGGACUGGAGAAAGCAGCACAGGAAGGGGUACCCGCAAGUGUCGUUUCGAGUGAUGGAAAUGAUGCCUUUUAUCUGCGCUGUGGGUUCGAUGAAAUAGUCGGGGAUGUAACGGCGGGUGAAGGGAAUCCAAUAUCAUCAAUUAGCUACCCACCCAAGCGUCACGAAGCCCAAAAUACACAAAAGUGCCAAUGUGGGGAAAUCCCAAUCGCUUCCCCCGACCCCACAUGGCUAGAACCGCGAUUCUGGAGUCCAGAUACCCCUCGAAUCCCCAACCUUAAAGCCACAUCCCUUCCCUUUCCAACCCAAACGAGUCUCACUCCGAAUGUAUGCCCUGAAAAUGACAAAGACGUCAUCAUUCACUCUGGUCUUGUGGCUCGCUUAGGGUAA